AUGUCGCCCUCUCCUCUUCCUGUCGAUAACGCCACAACCCCAUUUUGGAGGUCAGAGCCGCAUCUUCUCGAUAACCACCGCUCAACACUAGAGCUUCCUGCCCAAGUCGACAUUGCCAUCAUCGGUGCUGGCUACGCAGGCGUUGCGACAGUUUAUCAUAUUCUUGAGCAGUGCAAGGCUCGAGGCGUUCCUGCGCCCAAGAUUGUGAUUCUUGAAGCUCGUCAGGCUUGCUCGGGAGCUACGGGACGAAAUGGCGGCCAUCUGAAACCAGAUCCGUACAACCGACCUGCGAAUCUUCUGGCUACUUACGGCAUCGAAGCUGCGGCAGAGGCAGCAGAGUUCGAAGCCAAGAAUCUUGCUGCUGUCAAAAAAGCAAUUGAGCAAGAGGGCGUUGACUGCGACUUUGUCUACACCCGUGCUGUCGAUGCGCUUAUGUCAGACACCAUACUGGAUAAGAUAAAAGCGGGAGUAGACGCUCUCAGACAGAACGGGGUUUCUGUUAUGCAAGAUGUCUACUUUGCUGAAGGCGCUGAAGCUGAGCAGCUUUCAGGUGUCAAGGGGGCCAAAGGCUGCUUUUCCUACACGGCGGGCCACUGCUGGCCUUACAAGCUCAUUCUCCAACUUCUGUCCAAGGCUGUUGAUGCUGGUGUCAACCUGCAGACCAACACGCCAGUCACUGCAGUUACUGAAAAGCCCGAUGAGGAGGGCUAUCUGACACUGAAGACUUCUCGCGGCACGAUCCGAGCUGCAAAGAUCAUCUACGCAACCAACGCCUACACAUCAUCCAUCUUGCCCGAGUUCGCUGACAAGAUCGUCCCGGUUCGGGGCAUUUGCAGUCACAUCAAGCCCAAUAAGACACCGGCGCCUCUACUGCCAAACUCUUAUAUCAUCCGCUGGUCUGAUACCAAGUAUGAAUAUCUCAUUCCCAGGCUUGACGGAAGCAUUAUAGUUGGAGGCGCACGAUCAAUGUACUACCAUGAUCUUGACAGCUGGUACAACAACGUCAACGACGACCAGUUAAUUGACUCAGCGAAGAACUAUUUCGAUGGGUAUAUGCAGCGUGUCUUCCACGGCUGGGAAGACAGUGGCGCGUAUACGUCCAAGGUUUGGACUGGAGUUAUGGGUUACUCAUCUGAUGGCUUGCCCCAUGUGGGUGCUGUCCCCGGAAGACAGAGUCAGUAUAUGCUUGCCGGCUUCAGUGGACACGGCAUGCCGCAGAUACUCCUGUCUGCGAAAGGCGUGGCGUCUAUGGUGAUGGAGGGCCUGAGCUACGAGAAGACAGGUAUACCGAAGCUCUACAAGGCUACUCAAGAGAGGCUUGAUAGUCCCAACAACACUAUACUGGACACUUGGAAGACUGUCCAGAGGAGGGAAGGUGCAAAAUUGUAG